AUGUUGCCUCGAGGUGUAAGGCAUUUCGGCGAAGCUGGAACGCCGGUUGAGCGAGCUGAGCGGUGCGGGCGCGUGUGCGCGUUUGCCAAUUCAGCAGUAACCCAGAAGGACAAGGUGCUGUUGGUGUCUGCAAUAUUGAUGUUGAUAGAACGAUAG